GCAGUGUGUUUGUCUAGCAAGUGGGAGGUCCUGGUUCAACCCCAGUACCACAAAAGUGUGAAUAUGCAAAUAAAAACAAUGUCUUCUAUUGAAAUAAGACCCAGUGUGAUAUAUUUAUGAUCGUUAGUUGACAAUGAUAUUCUUUUAGCCGGGGAGAUAGUUGGGCAUAAGCGCUUGCUUGGCAAGCCUGAGGUCAUGAGUUCGAUUCCCGGUACAAAAAAAAAAAAACCUCUUAAUGGUAUUCCUUUAACAAUGCAUUGGUCAACUGUAACAGAGUAGGCUUGUCGUAAAUAUGCCCUGGAGAUAAAUAAAUGCAAGAAACAUGCUCUCUAUCCUUAAGGAGCCUGGUUUAGCAGACGAAAUCCAUAUAUUGCCCUACUGUGCCACAUAUACCAGAUCUCUGCACUUUGCCAUGUAUGGCCUAAAGAAUUCUAUUUGGGGAAGGACCUGAGAAAGUUCUCGAGAACACCCUCGAACUAGGUCCAUAAGAUGAGCAAAAAAAAAUUCUUCAGUGAUAAAAAGAUGGAACUGCAGGCUGGAGCAAACAUAGAAAGCCAUGAAAUACCACGGUGUGUUGGGUCCUUGUAAUUCUGCGCGGCUGGAACACAAGAUUUGGAGGACAAGUAGAGGCUGACUUUACAAGUGUGUACUUUACAAAGAGAAGACACAGAAAAAUCCCAGUGAGAGUAAUGAAGUGAUUGGUUUACACUUUCGAAGAUCCAUGGCUUCGUACUCUACAACUCCCACCAGAGGGCUGUCCUCUCUCACCAGGGGUACUCAUUCAAGCUUCCCCAGCAUUCACUGGCAACUUGCCCCCUUUCCCCAUCCUCGGUCAGCGCAAUCACCCCGUCCGUCGCGCGAUCCCGCCCCACCUCCGAGCGCCCCUGUGGUCUGACUUCGGCAGCACUUUCCGGCAGGAGACUGGGCACUCGCUGUCACGGCGGUGGCCUCCCUCAACGUGAUCUGAGCAUCCAUCUGGAGACUGACAGACCUGAGCUUCGGGGUGACCAUCGCAUUUGCCUCAGUUUCCUUCUCUCGUGCGGGGAAAGGCCCGGCUCUCAGACCACAGGCUGCUGGACGUUAGCAGCAGACGCUUAGGGAGAGCCGGCGCAGGGCGGACCCCAGCACCCCUACAGACAGGAACGAACGCCGCAGGCUCUGCCCGGAGACUGGAGCGGGCGAAGGAGCGCGCCCGUUGGAGUCGGCGGCAAUGGUCUUCUGUCUGGAAAACGAGGCGCCGCGCCGCCCGCUGCGAAGCGCCAUGGUCCACUUCCAAGCUUCAGAAGUCCAGCAGCUGCUACACAACAAGUUCGUGGUCAUCUUGGGGGACUCCAUCCAGAGAGCUGUGUAUAAGGACCUGGUGCUUCUGCUCCAGAAAGACUCACUGCUCACAGUUGCCCAAUUGAAAGCCAAGGGGGAGCUGAGCUUUGAACAGGACCAGCUUGUGGCUGGGGGCCAGCUGGGUGAGCUGCACAACGGGACACAGUAUCGUGAAGUCCGCCAAUUCUGCUCCGGUUCUGGCCACCACCUUGUGCGCUUCUACUUCCUCACCCGAGUUUACUCCGAAUACCUGGAGGACAUCCUGGAGGAGCUGACAUAUGGGCCUGCCCCGGACCUGGUGAUCAUCAACUCUUGCCUUUGGGAUCUCUCCAGGUAUGGCCGCUGCUCAAUGGACAGCUACCGAGAGAACCUGGAACGAGUGUUUGUACGCAUGGACCAGGUGUUGCCAGACUCCUGUCUGCUGGUGUGGAACAUGGCAAUGCCCCUGGGGGAACGUGUCACUGGGGGUUUCCUACUGCCAGAGCUCCAGCCCCUGGCAGCCACUUUGCGACGGGAUGUGGUUGAGGGGAACUUCUAUAGUGCUACACUGGCUGGGGACCACUACUUCGAUGUUCUGGAUCUCCACUUUCAUUUCCGGCAUGCAGUACACCAUCGUCAUCGAGAUGGUGUCCACUGGGACCAACAUGCACACCGUCACCUCUCACACUUGCUUCUGACUCAUGUGGCCGAUGCCUGGGGCGUGGAGCUGCCCAAGCGGGACCAUCCCCCUGACCCAUGGAUUGAGGACUGGCCAGAGAUGGAUCGUCGGUUCCAGGGAAGCUAUAGGCAGCCCCCGGACUUCGGGGAGCAACUGGCCUUGCCCCCACCCCCACCCCCUCCUUUACCCCCUCCUAUGUCUUUUUCCUACCCUCUUCCACAGCCUUCCCCACCUCCCUUGUUCCCACCCUUGCCCCAGGAUGCCCCUUUUUACCCAGGCCAGCCCUUCCCACCCCAGGAAUUCUUCAGUUAUAAUCCAGUGGAAGACUUCUCAGUGCCUCCCAAUUUAGGGUGUGGCCCUGGAGUGAACUUUGUGCCUGGCCCCCUGCCACCUCCAGUCCAUGGCUGUGUCUCCCAUGGUCAGCACCGGGGCCCAGUGGUCCACCGGGGGAUGCCACGCUGUGUUCCCAACAGCCCCUACCAUGUGCCAAGGUUGGGGGCACCCUGCAGGCAGCGACUCAGGCACUCAGAGAGACUGAUCCACACAUACAAACUGGACAGGCGGGGACAUACUCAUUCAGGAACAUGGCCUGGGUAGACUGGGUUUUGGGCUGGGGUUGGAUGUGCCAUCAGUCCUGCAGGGCCUAGCUGGCACACAGGUGCUGGGCCAGGGUGUCUGCUAUGCCUGGCAUUUUUCUUGUCCAUUGCUGUUACCAAUAAAGGCAUGGAAGGACA